AUGGUGAAGCACAACAAUGUUAUCCCUAACGGCCACUUCAAGAAGCAUUGGCAGAACUAUGUCAAGACCUGGUUCAACCAGCCUGCCCGCAAGCAGAGGCGCCGCAUUGCUCGUCAAAAGAAGGCUGUGAAGAUCUUCCCUCGCCCUACAUCUGGUCCUCUUCGUCCCAUUGUGCAAUGCCAGACUCGGAAGUACAACAUGAAGGCAAGGGCUGGGAGAGGCUUUACUCUUGAGGAGCUGAAGUUGCUGUCAUGCGUGUUUCUGUCAGCGGGCAUCCCGAAGAAGCUAGCUCCUACUAUUGGCAUUUCUGUGGACCACCGACGUAAAAACCGGUCACUUGAGGGUAUGCAGUCAAACAUUCAGCGACUCAAGACUUACAAGGCCAAGCUGGUUAUCUUCCCAAGGUGUGCUCACAAGGUUAAGGCUGGUGAUUCUACCCCUGAGGAACUUGCCACAGCCACCCAGGUCCAGGGUGACUACUUGCCUAUUACUCGUGGUGAGAAGCGCUCGGUUGAGAUCAUGAAGGUCACUGAGGAGAUGAAGGCGUUCAAGGCCUACGGCAAGCUCCGUGUCGAGAGGAUGAACCAGCACCAGCUCGGUGCCCGCACGAAGAAGGCUGCCGAGGCAGAGAAGGAAGAAAAGAAGUGA